ACUAUAAAUCGCAUAAUGCAAAUGAUAUCGCUCCUAUAUCCUUCCCAAAUUUUAUGAAAUUUUUAAAUACAAAUAAUUUAUCGAUUUUUAAACCAAGAAAUGAUAUGUGUAACACUUGCAUAUCUUUCGAAUCAAAAAAUAUCUCAGUGGAACAAUAUGAUGUCCACAGAAAAGAUAUAAGGGAAAUGAGAGAAGAAAAAAAUAAUGACAUUGAAAGUGCUAAAGCGGGCUUAUGCUCUUUAUUAUGUAUGGACAUGCAAGCGGUAAAGCUUAUUCCGCAGUCAAAGGCAAAUGCAUCUUAUUACAAAAUGAAACUUCAAGUUCAUAAUUUUACUAUAUAUAACGUUAUUACUCAUAAAUCUGACAACUAUGUCUGGGAUGAAACUGAAGGCAGUCUUGUUGCUUCGACUUUCGCAACAAUUGUAAUAAAGCACAUAAAGAAAGAAAUACUUAAUACCCCAAACAUCCAUCACUUUAUUAUAUAUUCUGAUGGUUGCUUUUAUCAAAAUCGGAAUGCAGUAUUAUCCAAUGCCUUAAUAUCGUUUUGUGUAGUAAACCACAUUACCAUUGAGCAUAAGUAUUUAGUCGUAGGGCAUACACAAAUGGAAUGUGACUCUACUCACUCAUUAAUACAACGCAAAAUGAAUAAUAAACAAAUUAAUUUGCCCUCCCAACUAGUUCAACUAAUGAAAGACGCACGAAAAAAUCCAUAUCCACUAGUGGUUCAUCACCUACAACACAGUUAUUUCCUGGAUUAUGAAAAUCUUCCAAAGCGGUAUUCAUCUAUUCGACCAGGUAAUAAAGUUGGAGAUCCUACAGUAAAUAUGAUUCGUGCUUUGGCAUAUGAUACAACGGGAUCCAUAUAUUACAAAACCUGUUUUAAGGACGAGUAUCAGCUUCUUCCAAAAAGGACUACCAGAAAUUUUGAAAUUCAGCAGCCUAAUCUUUUGCACCCGCAAAGGUUAACGAUAUCCAAGAAGAAAUGGCAACAUCUGCAGGACCUAAAGGCUUUGAUUCCAGCAGACUGUCAUUACUUUUAUGAUAAUAUACCUUUUGAAUAAUUAAUUGUUUAAUAAACAAUUAUUAAACAUUGUUCUCAUUUUGACUUGAAAUAUUUUAAUUUUUUUUAGUACUUAUGUACAUAUUAAUAAUAAAAAUAACAUGAAAUAUGGAAAA